AGUCGAUGAUAAAUCGCCAAAGCGAAAACAUUAAUAUUGAACAGCGAUAGGGAAAAGCCCCCAAAUCAAAGUCAGAUAUAUUAAUAUUUAUAAUAAAUUGAAUAUCCUGUUUAACUUAUUUGAACUGUGGCUUCUAACUGGAAAGCAAAGUUGGAUCGAUAAGACAAGCAUUUCAAGAACGAAAUGGAGGCCGAAUAUAAUCUUGGCGAGCAUGCACAAUGGAAAGAAAUCCAACAGAACACGUUCACAAGGUGGACCAAUGAGCACCUGAAGACAGUUGGUAGUUCCUUGGACAACUUGGAAACGGAUCUGUCGGAUGGUCUCCGUUUGAUUACACUGGCAGAGGUGCUGUCGCAAAAGCGAUUGCCUCCUCAUAAUGCUCGUCCCACAUUCCGUGUCCAGAAAUUGGAGAACGUUUCGGUUGCUCUGACGUUUUUCCAAAAUGAGGGCAUUAAAAUUGUGAAUAUUGACGCUUCGAAUAUUGUUGACGGCAAUUUGAAACUGAUAAUGGGUCUGAUAUGGACGCUUAUUCUGCACUACUCGAUAUCGACGCCGAUAUGGGACGAUGACAAAGAGCAGCCACCAACUGAAUCGGUUCAAACACCCAAGCAGCGUCUACUGACUUGGAUACAAAUGAAAAUACCCGAUAUGUGUAUUAAUAACUUCACCAAAGAUUGGACCACAGGCAAGCCAAUAGGCGCUUUGGUGGAUGCCUGUGCGCCAGGCUUGUGUCCCGACUGGGAACUGUGGAAUCCCGUGGAGUCAGUACGGAAUGCCACCGAAGCCAUGGUCUUGGCAGAUGAUUGGUUGGAUGUGCGUCAGCUGAUAACGCCGGCCGAACUGGUCGAUCCCAAUGUGGAUGAACAAUCGGUGAUGACUUACUUGGCACAAUAUCCCAACUGCAAACUAAAGGAUGGUGCUCCAUUGAGGCCUAAGACGGAUCCCAACAAUUUUCCUAUUAUUGAAGCACCAAUUGUGGCUGUGAUUGAUCCUAUCAUUGAAUCCACGCCUGCUGAGGUUUUUCCUGGCGUUGAAGCAGUUCCUGCUGAACUCUAUCCGGGCGAUGAAUCUUAUCCUGCUGAAGUUUAUCCUAGCGUUGAUCCAGUUCCUUCAGAACUGCUUCCUGCUGAGUCGUAUCCUGGCAACAGGCCUUCAGGUCCAGUUGUUGGUGAACCUGCCAUCAUUAUUAUGGACACAUUACCCAUAGAUGAAGCGGAUUAUUUUACGGAAAUCGGUCAGCUUUAUGAAGGCGCUACAUUUUUGUUUACCGGACUUGUUAGCCUUAAUUGCGACAGAUUCUCCAUCAACUUUGUGCAUGGCAAUAAUAAUCGCGAUGUAGCGUUGCACAUCAAUCCCCGAUUUUUUGAACAACGGAUUAUAACUAACACCGAAAUACAUAAUAAAUGGGGUCGUGAGGAAAUUCCCGCAACGCUGCCCUUUUUGCUUGGCCAAGGUGAAAGAUUCGCAAUUCAGGUGCUGGUCACUCAAACCUGUUAUCUGAUAGCGAUAAAUGGACAUCAUUUGUCAGCGUAUUCGCAUCGUUUAGCCUAUGAUGCAGUCAGAUUCCUAGAGGUGAAGGGGGACGUGGGAGAAGUAAGGAUGCAUAGCUCCAUGGUGCGGGGCUAUCCACAAAGUUUCUUUGAAACGGCGAUACCACCUCACGUCUAUUUUGAUGUGUUGCCCAUGUAUCGUUUUGCCGAUGAUUUUGCCGAAGUUGGCCAACUUGACGUAGGCGACAGCUUUACGUUUAGCGGCCUAAUUCCAAAGAAAUCCAAGGAGUUCGAGAUCAACUUCUUGUGUAACAACGAUACAAAUGAUGUCGCUUUCCACAUGAAGUCACUUUUCUCGCAUAAGCGCAUUAUACGCAACUCCAAAAUUUACAAUGUUUGGGGUCAUGAGGAACAGAGCACUACGCCGUAUCGCCCGGGAGAGAGAUUUGCGGUUCAAGUACUGGUGACGGACUCGUGCUACCUCAUUGCCAUAAAUGGUCAACACUACACACAGUAUUCCCAUCGAUUGCCCUAUAAUUCGGUUGCCACAUUGGAAGUCAAGGGCAAUAUGCAGGAUGUUCAAAUGCAGCGCUCAACGGUUCACGGCUAUCCACAAUACACCUUGAAAAGGCAAAUCUUUUAAAGCUAGUAGCAGCGAGCACAUUUUGUGGAAUACGAAAAAUAUGCCUGUGAACGAUCGAUAAAAAUGCAUAUAGGAGUUAUAUUAAAGCAAUUGUUAGCUAACAAUUUUUCAAGCAUUUUCUAAUA